UCCACUCCACUCCUCUCCACUCAGCUAGAGCACUGCAUUCUGUCUAUCUACCGAUGGCAAUGGGCGUGCGGCGUGGAACUACAACGGUGCAGGGCAGGAGCUUCAUCUUCGUCCUUGUUGUGCUGUUGGCCGUGGCGACCGGCGUUUCCGGCCGAACCACGUACACGGGCAGCAGCAACACUUCAAGUGCUCGUGGUGCACGAGUGACGACGCCGCCGGCGACCGGGAAGAAGCAAGGCCAUGGCCAUGGGGAGAAGCCGACGCCGCCACAGACGAAGCCGAACACCAAGCAGCAGGUGCCUGCGCUGGUGGUGUUCGGCGACUCGAUCGUGGACCCUGGCAACAACAACGCCAUCCACACCAUCGUCAAGGCCAACUUCCCGCCCUACGGCCACGACUUCGGCGCCGACCACCGCCCCACCGGCCGCUUCUGCAACGGCCGGAUCCCCACCGACUUCAUCGCCUCCAAGCUGGGGCUCAAGCAGCUGCUCCCGGCCUACCUGCAGCAGAACCUAACAAAACAGGACCUGCUCACCGGCGUGAGCUUCGCGUCUGGAGGGACCGGCUACGACCCGCUCACGGCGCAGCUCGCCUCCGUCAUCUCCAUGACGGACCAGCUCCGCAUGUUCCACGAGUACAAGGCCAAGGUCCAGGCCGCCGCCGGCGACGCCGCUCUCUCGGAGAUCCUCUCCAAGGGCGUGUUCGCGGUGUGCGCGGGGAGCGACGACGUGGCCAACACCUACUUCACCAUGCGGGCGCGGAGCUCCUACUCGCACGCCGACUACGCGCACGCCGAGAUGAUCAACGCCGGCAUGGGCACCGCCGUGGAGUCUCUCAAGGCCAAGCACCCGGGGGCGAGGGUGGUGCUCAUGGACAUCUACGGGUACUUGUUGGACAUGAUGAUGCGGCCGGAGGGGUACGGGUUCAAGGAGUCCACGCUGGGCUGCUGCGGCACGGGGAUGAUGGAGGUCUCCGUGCUCUGCAACGGCGUCACGUCGGCGGUGUGCGGCGACGUCACCGACUAUUUGUUCUGGGACAGCUACCACCCCACGGAGAAGGCGUACCGGAUCCUCGUCGACUUCGUCUAUGACAACUACCUCAAGGAGCUCAUCGACUAGCUACCUUGCACGUACUGCGUGUGAUUGGCAUUUCAAAUUCAUUUGUGUUUAUGUUGUGCACGCACCUAUGUACAUAGGUUGCGGAAAAAAUAUAUAAUGUUGAAGUAUUAUUCACCGAUUUA